GCGCUGUGAUUGGACGGUUGCUGCUUGUCAGGAAGAAAGAGCUGCUGUGUUGAGGCCGAAAACUCAGACUCAAGCAGGACCUGGACGACACUGGAGUGCCUCUGAGGAAGGGAUAUAUACAGUACUGGACGCUAGGACGGCAUUUUAACUAGCCGAGCUUCAGCGGAGCUACCACCGAGUCUCCGAGCUCCUGCUGUCGAGGCCGCCGCGGUUGUGUAUCUUCCCUCCGACUGUGUGUCGCUGCCUGCUGGUCACAGUAAUCCAAACCCGCUGCUAUUAAUGAGAUUGAGAGGAGACUGAAGCCGCUGUGUGGCGACGCAGACGCCACGAACCUGUCUGAGAUUUAAGUCUUUAUCCAGCCCGGAGGAAACAUAAGGACUCAGCUGUUGCUGCUGGUUAGACGGGGCCAACAGCUGAGGCUGCCGGACCGGAUAAACAUCCCGAUAAAGCUCCAACUACAUGGAACAAGUCAGCGGCGGAGCACCGUCUCAUUUUGCGCUAGAAGAACUGUUAUGACAGACCUAUAGACACCAGUGUCUCUCUGUAGCAGCACGGUGGGAUUUAUCACUGGGGAUAUAUUUGAUUAAGGCAUCCUAAGAGCAGCAGUUUGAAGCCUCUGCAUCAGUGCCAUGAAUCAGCCUGGACAACAGCUGCUACCUACAUAGAGGUCACUUUACCUCUCUUUCCAUUCGCUUCGGUCCAGAGGAUGCUGGGAAUGUGUCGCGGGCGCAGGAAGUUCCUGGCGGCCUCUCUCGCCCUGCUCUUCAUCCCAGCACUCACCUGGCUUUACCUGUCAGUAGGAAGCUUUCAAGUGAAGCCCCUCCCCCUUUCUCCAUUGGAAGCCCAAUCAUCAACGCCGGUGGGUGGAGCCGGUGAGCGUCAGGCCUUAGAGCUGCGGGUCCGGGCAGUAGAGGAAGAGAACCGGGCACUGCGCCGGGAGCUGAGCCGGCCACCCAGGAGUCCAUCUGCGCGCCUUCCAAGCGGUGGUCACCGUGGCAACCAAAGCCGAACCCAUUCAGAGGAAGGCACCGGCGACAAUGAGGGCCAGAAAGCUGCUGCAGUGGGAAACAGCUCAGACUGUGUGCAGCAGCCAGUGGUGGAUAAGUGUGAAACCAUCCACGUGGCCAUCGUAUGUGCAGGUUACAACGCCAGCCGAGACGUGGUGACACUGGUUAAAUCUGUCCUUUUCCACAGGCGGAACCCACUACAUUUCCAUUUCAUCACAGACUCCAUUGCUCAGCAGAUCCUGUCCUCUCUUUUCCAUACCUGGAUGGUCCCUGCCGUCAGGGUCGACUUCUACGACGCAGACGAGCUGAAGUCCGAGGUGUCAUGGAUCCCUAACAAACAUUACUCUGGAAUCUAUGGCCUGAUGAAGCUGGUGCUCACUAAGACGCUGCCAUCCGACCUGCAGAGAGUCAUCGUCCUGGACACAGACAUUACAUUUGCUACUGACAUUGCUGAACUCUGGGCUGUCUUCCAUAAGUUUAAAGGUCAGCAGGUUCUUGGUCUGGUGGAGAACCAGAGUGACUGGUACCUGGGGAACCUGUGGAAGAACCAUCGACCCUGGCCAGCUCUGGGCAGAGGCUUCAACACUGGGGUGAUUUUGCUUCUCCUGGAUCGUUUGCGGAAGCUGAGAUGGGAGCAGAUGUGGAGGUUGACUGCAGAGAGGGAACUAAUGAGCAUGCUGUCCACCUCCCUGGCAGACCAGGACAUCUUCAACGCUGUGAUCAAACAGAACCCAUUCCUGGUUCACCAGCUGCCCUGCUUCUGGAAUGUCCAGCUGUCUGACCACACCCGCUCCGAGAAGUGCUACAAAGACGUGUCAGACCUCAAGGUGAUCCACUGGAAUUCUCCCAAGAAGCUGCGAGUGAAGAACAAGCAUGUGGAGUUUUUUCGGAAUCUCUAUCUGACUUUCCUGGAGUACGAUGGCAAUCUGCUGCGGCGAGAGCUGUUUGGCUGUCCCAGCGAGGCUGACCACAACAGUGAGAACCUUCAGAAGACUCUGUCAGAGCUGGAUGAAGAUGAUCCCUGCUAUGAGUUUCGUCGAGAGCGAUUCACCGUCCACCGAACACACCUCUACUUCCUCCACUAUGAGUAUGAGCCCAGCUCUGACAACACAGACGUCACUCUGGUCGCCCAGCUUUCUAUGGACAGGCUCCAGAUGUUGGAGGCCAUUUGUAAGCACUGGGAAGGCCCCAUCAGCUUGGCCUUGUACCUGUCCGAUGCUGAGGCCCAGCAGUUCCUGCGCUAUGCGCAGGGCUCCGAGGUGCUCAUGAGCCGAGGGAACGUUGGUUACCACAUUGUCUACAAAGAGGGACAGUUCUACCCAGUCAACCUGCUGCGUAAUGUGGCCAUGCGGCAGGUCAACACACCUUACAUGUUCCUAUCAGACAUCGACUUCCUGCCCAUGUACGGCCUGUACGAGUACCUCAGGAAGUCAGUGGUGCAGCUGGACAUGGCCAAUGCCAAGAAAGCUCUGGUUGUUCCAGCCUUUGAGACGCUGCGAUAUCGCUUGUCAUACCCAAAGUCCAAGGCUGAGCUGCUCUCUCAGCUAGACAUGGGCACACUCUUCACCUUCAGGUACCAUGUGUGGACUAAAGGCCACGCACCGACUAAUUUUGCCAAAUGGCGGACAGCCACCACGCCUUACAGGGUGCAGUGGGAAGCCGACUUUGAGCCCUACGUCAUGGUGAGGAGAGACAGUCCUGAGUAUGACCGCCGCUUUGUGGGCUUCGGCUGGAACAAGGUGGCUCACAUCAUGGAGCUGGACGCACAGGAGUAUGAGUUUGUGGUGCUGCCCAACGCCUACAUGAUCCACAUGCCUCAUGCGCCCAGCUUUGACAUCACCAAGUUCCGCUCCAACAAGCAGUACCGGGUCUGCCUCAAGACCCUGAAGGAGGAGUUCCAGCAGAACAUGUCGCGGCGCUAUGGCUUCGCCGCUCUAAAAUACAUGACGGCUGAGAACAACAGCUAGCCACCACUGCAGACCCUCACGUCCCCAGCCCUGAACUACUGACACACUCCAUGGGCUGGGGAAGAGGGGGGGCACAGGAAACGGACAGCCCAUGUGAGGCCAUCGGGAUACUUUGAGACUUGAGUCCCUCAGAAUUUGUUAGAACGUUUGACCCUCAGUGUGGGACUGUAAGGGUCUUUAUGUCCAUUCUUUGUCCUCUGCUGUGGAUGGUGGACAUAAUCCAGGAGGAGAUCAUUUCUGCCAGGAUGUAAAAGCUGUGAUAGACGACAUGAGUGACUGCUCAGCCCGACUGUGUGGGCCCUGAGCUCUGGCCCUGAAAUCUGACAGACAGCAGGCAAGAAAGGCAUACAUUGAACGCCUUGCCAUAUUUGUAAGAGCAGUGACAGAGUUGUGGGCUGUGUGUAACAUUAUGUAUGUAUGCGUGCAAGUGUGUGUAUGUGCAGGUAGAUGAAAAGUGCGACUGUGUGUUUGUUCCUCCAGGACAGUGCUUAGCAAAAAGCUUAAGGAGAUGUGAAACGUUGUGGGCUUACAUUCUGUUUGCACGCCUUCCAAGUGCCAACAAAGAGCAGCAGCAGCCUGACUGACAGCACACCCCGACUCAAAUGCAAAUCGUCACCAGGCGGCGAGAUAAGACAAAGCGGUAAACAUGUCCACACAGAUUUUGAAAAUCUCAUUGUGACGAGUGACACACACUCAGAUAUUGAGGCGAGCAGCCAGCCAGCCAGCCAACCAUCUGCUGCUGCUUAAUUUGUUUCAUAGCUGAUGCAGAUCAGAAUAAAUCCUCCUCCUCGUAUGACAAGGGAAGUUAAGUGCAAAGAUGGCUGGAGGUCGUCCAUGCGGUUGAUAUUCAGGGUAUCUCCACAUCAGCCUGAGUGUGCUGCUACAGAUUGUUUCCAGUGUUUUGUUAUGACCGCAGAAUCUGACACUAGCUGGUGCAGUGUGCUUUUUAUUUUGUGUGUUUUAAACUGAUGCCGGUCCGCACAAACACCUGCUGGAAGUCCUGUCAGCUUGCGAAGCUGCCGCCCCACCACACCGAGCAGGCCAAGCACCAAUCACUGAGCUCACCAUUUAAUUUUCUUUCCAACAAUCACUAUUAUUUAUCAGCGUGUUUACAGUCCUGAUGGGUAAAGCAAGGAGGGUGGUGUCUCCCCCACUCACUGUCAGAAAGACCUGGAGGAAAGGAAAGAGAAAGUCAACCACGUGCAGUCAGGAGAGACGUUCUUUCUUUCCUCCCUCUCUCUGUUUCUUUCUUCUCACUCUGGCCUCUAGUUUAAUGACAUUACAGCAGCAGCCAAUAACGCUGCAGUGGUGUGUGUUCUCCUGUCUAUGUUGUCAAACAUCAUCGCGCUGGGUGUGGUCAUAUUCUGUUUAACUGCUGUAGCAUCUGUGACUGACAAAUCCACCCAGUUAUCUAGAGAGUGUGAAGACAGAAUACACUGACUGACAGUGGCUAUAAUAUUAUACUCACACCAUAUGAUAAAGAUAUCAUAGCAUCAUUGUUGAGUAUCAGGAUAGCAUGCUACUAAAUAAUAAGAUAAAGCUUAAGUUUGAUAAAGUCAUGAAGGGAGUACAGAUAACAGAGAAAUACGAUAGUGAUGUAAGAAAUGACAUUUAAGAAUGUUAAGUAUGUUAAUUAGACUUUAGUGGUAUCUAUUACUCCAUACCUUCCUGAAAUUUAAGCGGGGUAUAUGGUGUAUGAUGGUAUGUGUGUGCCGCUACCUGCUACCCCCACCACCACAUCGACCGGGGAGUUUUCUGUGUUCCACAGGCUCUCUUCGCUUUUUCAAGCAAUUUUACAGUUGUUGCCAGUUGUUUACAGUCCUGUAACAUUAUCCCCAUCACUGGCAGUCGCCAUGUUUGCCAACUCAGUUGCCUGUUCCACCAGUAGAGACUGACCUCUGGUGGCACAGGAUGUGAGCUGCACACAAUGCAUUUUAAUACAAUAUCUCUGUUAAAGUUCAAUAGAAAGAUGAGCCUCUGUGUUUUUGACAAUAUUUAAAACCAUACCAGUAUUUUUUUUAAUUUACCUUGGUAUAUAAAGUUUAAUUUUACUGGGAUAUGAAAUAUUAUAUUAAAUAUAAUAAAGGCUUGAAAUGAUGACACAUCAUUUAGUGUUUAUACUGAUCAGGGAUCAGCUGACCACUACACUCUUAAAAAUAAGGGUUCCACAAGGGUUCUUCCUGAAGAGCUGGGUCUCUACCCAGAACCAUUUGCUUCUUAAGAAUCAAUAUUAAAGAAAGGGUUCUUCAAGAUUUUUGUUUUUGUUUUGUUUUUUGUAAUACAAAGGGUUCCCUUAAAAACGCUUUUCAUUCAAAGAACCCUCUUUGCAAGAAAGAGAUCUUCAAGGAUUGUGAAAGCAUAGAUGUUAAAAGAUCCUUACCCUCAAACACUGAAAGUUUACCAAUGUUUCAAAUGGGAUUUUUACUGUAAAUGUAUAUGUUCCUUAAAUCCCCUUAAUUAAUUAAUUAAUUUUACUUGUGCUCUACCAUAGUUAAUAUCUUUACCAUCAUUUUAUGCCAUACAAAACCACAUGGUCUGCCAAAAUUUUUUUAUUGGUUGUUUCUUUCAGGUACCUGGUACUUGGCAUCUUUUAUUAGUCUUGAUUCGGUUCGGCCCUACUGCACUAUUGAAAUACUAAAGGCUGCAGUAGUGAUUUCAUGAAAUCUGGUUCCCUUGACCUCAGGCAUGAUUAGUGGUAGAGAGAUCUAUGGGUAAUGUAGUCAGAUUCUGGAUUCUGGAUAGAACCCCCAGAGUGGGUUUUGGGUGGUACCAUUACACCAUAGAAGGGUUUGCUGUAUAACUUCUCAUAGACGGUUCUGGAUUAAACCUUUUACAGAUGGUUCUAGGUAUAACCAUAUAUGUUGGGUUCUGGGUUUAACUCUCUGAAAGGGUUCCAGGUUGGACCUUUUUAAAAGGUUCGACCAAGAACUAAAAAAGACCUCUAUGGGCACAAGCUGAUGAACUCUACAUGGUUGUAGACAGCAUCUUUAUGUCUGAGAGUGUUCAACAGUUCACUUUGUGAUCAUAUGUAUAGAAAUCACUAGAGCUGCUUACUGCCUUUUGCUUGAAAGAUUCAUUUUAGUGUAGCUCAGCUGCCAUUAUCCCAGGUGACUGCAGAGUCCAUUUCCACAAAUUGCUUACUGACGUAUUUACACUGGAGACACGUAAAAAGAAACAAAAGGAGACAGAUGUAUUCACACCUUUUUCAAAAUCACACUAGUAUGUGUCACAGAAAUCAGACUUCAGUCCCGUUCAGUCACACAUCUCCUGCCACUUUAUGCCCAAGAAAUAUGAUCAAUAAUAUGUGAGACAAUUGAAAAAUCAAAGAGGACUGCUGUGACUGUUGGCGAUUGUUCUGCCAACUACUGUUUCCAAGUUGAAGAAUGAAUUUUCAUUCUCAACUUAAAGCCAACACAAAUGACAAGUCCUAAAAAGCUUACAUGUCAACAAAGGCUCAAUGCCAGUACACCCCUUGCUCCUACCACAAAGUCCUUACCUCUCUUGAGCGUUCAGUCUGGGGGUAGGGUGUCCCAAUCCUUGGUGGAUUAGAGGAAGGGUGACGUGUUAGGGCUACAUGGCCCUCCCAGUGGAGGUUUUUCAGAGGCACACUCCAAACUGAGUCUUAGGAGAAAUCUUCGACUAGAUGGCUGUGAAGGGUGGUCCCAUUGCACAGAAACACUACCCUGUGUAACUCUGUUCUGAGGGGCAAAAGGGCACUCAAAAAUGAGGGUAGGGGUACAAAUAAGAAAUGUUGGAGGGCCAAAGUCACCUCCAUGACAACUGAGCAAACUCCAUCUGAUGAUGAAGAUCAUUGAAAGCUCUAGAAAAAAUGUAAGUGGACCUAGAGUUGGAAUCAUUUGGUCAAGUUAAUUUCACAUUUAGGCUAAUCAUUGAUUUUGCAGGACUGCACAACAACACACCAAAUUAAAACUAGAGGCCUCUCUCUCUGUCUCUUACUCUCUCUCUGUACAGGGAAGCUUCAGAGGGGUUUGGUGCAGUCAUGCAGGUGUGUGUGUGUGUGUUUGUGUGUGUGAGUGAGUGUGUGAUUGUACAUGUGCGUGUGUUCAGUAUGCAGUUGUGUGAAGUUUGACUCUGUUCUGAAUGUGUGUGUGAGUGUGUGUGGCUUUGCAGGGCUGGGAGGAGCUGCAGUGUGUAAGUAGGACAGUGCUGACUGAUGCUGCUACCUGAAUAAAAGCAAAGAGUCAAACACUCUGCUGUUACUUUGUUUCAUCAUUUCUCUUCAUGAAUAUAAAUUUAGCCUUGUGAACCCAAAGUAAAGAGGGAUAUAUGUGAGCACUCAUUGUUACACUUCACACAAACACAGCAGAAUGGUACACUUGUGUGUAUUUAUACUUCCAGGGAUUCCCAAGAGUUUAGCGCCUCUCUGAGUUAAAGGGGCAUUCUGCUGUUUUCACAUGUCAA